AUGACGGCCCUGGCCCUGGCCGGACAUAUGAGGAAGCAAGCUGCAACAAGGAAGACGCAGACGGUGGGGGAGCCGCAGGGAAGCCACAGGGGAGCCGCAGGAGGUACGAUCCCAGUCUCGAGGUGCAGUGCCAGCUGUCUCCCUGGUUACAGGAAAGCUUUUGCGGAAGGAAAGCAAGUUUGCUGUUAUGAGUGUGUUCAGUGCUCAGAAGGAGAAAUAUCCCCAUUGCCAGACAUGGAGAAUUGCAUGAAAUGUCCUGAAGACCAAUGGUCCAAUGAGAGUAGAGAUAAAUGCACCAUGAGAACCAUUGACUUCCUUUCUUACAAGGAUCUUCUUGGUGUGGCCCUAACCACCACUGCUCUAGUUCUGUCUUUUUGCUCAGCUGCAGUUUUUUGCCUCUUUUUAAAAUACAAGAAGAGCCCCAUUGUGAAAGCCAAUAACCAGGAGCUCAGUUACAUUCUUCUUCUUUCCCUCAUGCUAUCCUUUCUUUGUUCCUUACUAUUUAUUGGAAGGCCUACAAAGGUCACCUGUUUGUUGAGACAAGCUGUGUUUGGUAUCAUCUUUGCUAUUUGUAUUUCUUCCAUCUUGGGGAAAACCAUUACUGUUAUUAUUGCCUUCAAUGCCACUAGACCUGGAAGCCGGCUCAGGAACUAUGUUGGUACCCGGGUCCCUAAAUACAUUCUUCUACUAUGUACACUUCCUGAGGUUUUCAUCUGUGCACUUUGGCUCAUAAUCUCCCCCCCAUUCCCUGACUAUGACACUCACUCUGCAACAGGAAAGAUCAUUUUGCAGUGCAAUGAGGGAUCACCUAGUGCAUUCUACAUAAUGGUUGGUUACAUUGCCUUGUUGGCUUUUGUGAGUUUCUUUGUUGCUUAUCUUGCCCGUAAAUUACCAGACAUAUUUAAUGAAGCACAAUACAUAACCUUCAGCAUGUUGCUGUUCUGCAGUGUAUGGAUCUCCUUCAUCCUGGCCUAUGUGAGCACCACAGGCAAAUAUUUAGCAGCGGUGGAGAUAUUUGCCAUCCUUGUUUCCAGUGCAGGACUUCUUGGCCUUAUAUUUGUCCCUAAGUGCUAUAUUAUCUUUUUUAAACCAUCAGUGAGCACCAGAGGCCAUUUAAUGUAG